CAUGAAUGACACGGCCAACAACUCGCUCAUAAACCUAAUGCUGUCGUCUAUGGUCUACAGUUUCCAGGAGGAUAUGCAUCGACGCAGAUGGGUGGACAUUACCAGCACAACCGUGGAGAGAGCAGAAUGUUGACAGGGAAUCGGGUCGUCUCUCCCGUCAGACGGAAUAACUUCAUCCAGUUAGAUGUUACCUAUUACACAGUAACACUACUACUUCUCAUUACUGUACUCGCACACCACAACGCCUCAGCCUAUAACACAACUUUCUUGCAGUAUGACAUCCAUGGUGAAUGUUGGCAGUACAUUACCCACGAUGGCGGUAAAAUCUUCUCACACCCUGGACACGGUCGUUACGCCGAUAACACGGACUGUAAGGUGACGAUUACAACGUCCCCGGGGAAGAGGAUUCAUGCUGUCUUUGAAAGCUUUGAUGUCACCGACUCAGUCAACUGCUAUCAAGAUGAGGUGAUUGUAUAUGACGGUCGUUUCUACUCUAGCCUGAUGCUGAGUGGCGCCCCGUACGGUCUCUGUGGUACAGACCUAGCACCCCGCUACCACGAGAUGGAGUCUACUGGUAACGAGCUCACUGUACGGUUCAUCACUGAUAACGUGGUGUCAAGCAACAAGGGUUUCUCUGUGGUCUUCACUAGCUUCGUGCCUGAGGAGACAAGGACGGCAAAUGACAAGUGUUUCAGCUGUGCAGACGGUUCUAUGUGCAUUGAUAGUGACUUGAAGUGCGACUCAUUGUGGAACUGUGCAGACGGCAGUGACGAGAGCUUCACGUUGUGCUCAGUUGUGCCGACGGAGCUACCAGGUGCGUCUACUGGCUGGUUGGGCUGGAUGGGAACCUUCUUAGCAGUUACAGUUGCUGCCAUUAUAGUCAUUUUCCUCUUAGUGUCUCUUAUGGUAUGUUGCUGCUGCAAGCGUAAAGGCCGGGGAAUGCCAGUGGGUCGCGGUCAGGCAGACGGCCGCGGUGCCGUCAGCACGUCCGUCCCGUCCAGUAGUUCAUCAAGCAACAGUAGUAGUAAUUCCAGUCCAAACUAUGGUGAAAUGAGUGUCAGAACUCCACCCCGGGAGGUGUACCAGCCGACCGUAAUAGACAACAUGAGUGGUGCGGGUGGCAGCCACGUGUUUUACGGUUACCCGCCUCCCAGUGGCCGGGCUGAUUUGGGCGGUGGGAUAUACGGUUUUCAAGGCGGUUACUUCCCUAUGAGGAAGGAGAACUUGUGUCAUACUGUGGAUAGAGGGUUUAAUAAUGGACAUAACUACUGAUCGUGAAUCGUGUCUAGCAUAAAUGGGUAAAUGUUCAAUUGAAUCAGUGAAAACAGGCACAAAUUAUAGUCAACGGACAACAGGAGUAACAAACUUGUCAACUAUUUAAAAAGGUUACAAGUAGGCCUACCAAUGUCUUUAAUAUAACCACACCAAGCAGUAUAGGGAGUCAACAAUCUAGGUGUGGUUUUAAUUUUUGGGGGAUGUGUUUUCAAUGUAUUUGUAGCAUAUAUUGGGAGAUGACUGCCUUUAUAACGCCGAAAUAAACUUGAGCAUUGGCCCUACUUGCGUAAAUCUGAACAAGAACAAUAGGCCAGAUAAAUAAAAACUAGCAUUUGCUUUUACUAGUCUUUUACUUAAA